AUGGUGGGGUUGGGGUCUCUGGUGAAGGCUGUGAAUGCCGAGUUUGAGGGGGACCCCAGAGCUCUGGCUGGCUCGUGGUGGCACCCAGUGCUGCUGGCGCUGGCUGGGCCAGUGGCCGCCGGGGACCCCGCGGGGGCCCCCAGCGACCAGGCGGUGGGCACCCUGGUGGGAGUCCUGCUGUGCCUGGUGCUGGGGCUGGCGCUGGCCUGGCACCACCUAUGCCGCCUCUCGGCUGGCCAGUACCACCCACGGCCACUUGGGCGCCGGGCGCUGGCGCUCCUGCAGGGCUGGUGGCACCGGCUGCGGGCGCUGGGGGACCCUGCCGAGGCACCCGGGGACGCCGACACAGAGGUGGCUGUGAGGGAUGAGGAUGAGGAGCUGAUGCCAUGGAGCCUGGAGAGGAGGCCGGAGCAGCAGGAGGAGGAGGAGGAAGAGCAGGAGGCGGCGAAUGAAGAUGAGGACGAGCAGGAGGCCGAGGCGUCCCCAGCCCUGGAGGGCAGGGAGAGCCCUCCAUGUGGGAGGCGGGGGGCAGGGGGCAGCGCCGAGGCCUUGCUCAGUGACCUGCACUCCUUCUCGGGGACAGCGGCCUGGGAGGACGCGCGGCCAAACGUCACUGCCUUGUGA